AUGUCAACAACCAUCUCAUCCCAACAACUUCCUUCAGUCGUCAUUGACAACGGAUCAGGCUUCAUCAAAGCAGGUAUUGCUGGCUACGAAUCUCCCACCACUCGUUUCUCCAACAUUAUCGGCAAAGCCAAAGAUUGUUCCGUUCUCGUUGGAACUGUCAAUCGAGAAUUCUAUGUCGGACAAAGUGCCCAAUCGAAAAGAGGUAUUUUACAACUUUCAUACACGAUGGAACAUGGUUUAAUUGAAAAUUAUGAUGCUUGGGAAUCUGUCAUUUCACACACGUAUUACAGUGAAUUGAAAUUGGCACCUGAAGAACAACCAUUAUUGAUGACAGAUGCUCCAUUGACUCCAAAAACACAACGUGAAAAGAUGACUGAGAUUUUAAUGGAGAAAUUGGAGGUUCCUGCGUUUUAUUUGGGAAUUCAGGGAGCUUUGGGUUUGAUGGCAAGUGGAAGAUUGACUGGAGUGUGUUUGGAUGUGGGUGAUGGUGCUACCAAUGUUGUGCCCAUGUAUGAUGGUCAAUUACUUCUCAAUGCUGUACUCAGAUUGAACAUUGCAGGACGUGACGUGACUGGAUAUUUAAUGAAAAUGUUAAGUGAAAAAGAUUACAAUUUUCACACCACUUCCGAACACGAAAUUAUUAGAAAUCUCAAAGAACAACACUGUUAUGUUGCAUUAGAUUUCCAAGAAGAAUUAGAAAAGGCAGAUGAAAGUUCAUCUCUCGAUCAAAACUAUGAAUUACCGGAUGGAACCAUCGUGACUGUCAAUUCAGAACGAUUCCGAGCUCCUGAAGUUCUCUUCUAUCCUCAACUCAUUGGAAUGGAAUCUUCAGGAAUUCACGAAGUGUUAUUCGAAUCCAUUUCGAGAUCACCCAUUGACGUUCGUAAAACUCUCUAUCAUAAUACAGUAUUGACAGGUGGAAGUACGUUGAUGGAAGGAUUGGAAGAUCGAUUGACGAAAGAAAUGACAGAAAUGGCUCCAUCCUCAAUGGAUAUUCGUGUGGUCGCUACUCCUAAUAGAGAAAAUUUGACAUGGAUUGGUGGAAGUAUAAUGGCAACAUUGUCUUCAUUCUUUAAUAUGUGUAUUACUAAGGAUGAGUAUUAUGAACAUGGUGCAGAUAUUGUUCAUCACAAGGUUUUGAUUUAA